GUAAGUGUCAAGGCAACACUACCAAGGCAAGCCAAACCCUAACCCAAAACCCAAACCCACCUCAAAACCCCUCUACCAAAAUUGCAAACAAGCAAAGAAAGGAAUUCAUCACAGCUUCUCCCCUUCCACCUCCCCCUAUUUCUCUCCCUCCUUCAAACCAAUUUAAGUUUUACUUCUCUCUCCCCUUCUCCUCUCUCUCUCUCUCUCUCUCUCUCUCUAAAAUCCAUUAAGCGUUCUCUCUGACCCCACCCCCAAUAGCUAGCUAGCUAGCUACCUUCUCAAGAACUACCAUGAUUCACAUUUUCCUUCUCUGUGCUCUCUGCUUCUCUGAUUUUGGAUUAAUACGUGGAGUUGAAGCUUUAGGUGUCAACUAUGGUCAAGUUGGCAACAAUCUCCUUCCACCACAGGAUGUCCUUGCCCUUCUAAGCUCCUUAAAGAUCACCAAAACAAGAAUCUAUGAUACUAAUCCUCAAGUCCUCACCGCAUUUGCUAACUCCGGUAUCGAAAUCAUCGUCACCGUCGAGAACGAAAACCUCGACGUCGUAACGGAGCCACAACAAGCCCUUCUAUGGGUAGCUACCCACAUUAAGCCAUACUUCCCUGCGACGAGGAUCACAGGCAUCUCUGUUGGCAAUGAGGUUUUCACAACCAGUGACUCAUCAGUAAUGGCUAAUGUAGUCCCUGCCAUGAUCAGCAUCCAUGGAGCACUGGUUGAGCUAGGCUUAGACUCAUACAUACAAGUCUCUACAGCUAGUUCCCUAGGAGUACUAACCAACUCCUUCCCACCAUCUUCCGGUAGCUUCCGGAAUGACCUUACUGGCGUUAUGUCACAAUUCCUGCAGUUCUUGUGGAACACCAAGGCACCCUUUUGGAUCAAUGCUUACCCAUAUUUUGCUUACAAAGAUGACCCAAAUAGAAUCUCUCUAGAUUAUGCUCUCUUCAACCCUAAUCCAGGAAUGGUUGAUCCUUCCACAAAGUUACAUUAUGAUAACAUGUUAUAUGCUCAGGUUGAUGCAGUGAUAUUUGCAGUUUCAAGGAUGGGUUAUGGAGGAAUGGAAGUUAGAGUUUCAGAGACUGGGUGGCCUUCUAAAGGAGACCCAGAUGAGUAUGGUGCAACUAUCCAAAAUGCAGCUAUUUAUAAUACAAAUUUGUUGAGAAGGCAAAUGAAGAAUGAAGGGACACCUUUAAGACCUGGUCAGAGGCUUGAGAUUUUUGUGUUUGCUCUAUUUAAUGAAGAUAUGAAGCCAGGGCCAACCUCAGAGAGGAACUAUGGACUUUAUAAACCUGAUGGAACCUUGGCCUAUAAUCUUGGGAUUUCUGCCUUGUCAACUCCAUCACCAUCUACUACUUCCUCAUCAACUCCGGCUUCCAUCUCUCUAACUUCCUCUGCUACUCAGGCAAGAACAAGCGGAUAUGAAAGCUUGGGGUAUUGGAUUUUUGUAUACUUGUUGACAUUUCAAGUUCUAAUGAGAAGACCGCUCUAAGCUGAUAGAGAUGGCCGUGACAAAAUAAAGCAUUGAAAAAUCUUGAACUCCAAAAUUGUGCAUGAAAGAUGUUUAUGUGAAUACAUGGAAGUGUUAAUGAUCAACUUUGAGUCUAACUAAAUUUGGCAUGUAAUCAAUUCAAAGCAUUCCCUAGACAUAAAAUGAUCGAAAUUGACA